UUCAAAGAAGCCAAAACAAACCAUCGUUUUCAAAAUUUCUUUCAAAUGCAAACGGUUUUCUCUGGUUAGAAAUGUUAUUUUGUUAGUUUUAUCCCGGUUUCACCAAAAUAAUUCAAAUCGAUUAUUGAGAAACAAUCGCAGUAAUCGUAGACCUGUGUUGAAAGUGCAAAAAUCAACCUGCAUCAAAGUGUUCGCUACAAGAUGUCUUCUGAUCCAGUACUCGUUCGCCAUCUAAAAGGCCAUCGCGGCAAAGUAACUGGUAUUUCGUUCCACUCAGAAGGAAAACGAUUCGUGUCCAGCUCCAAUGACAGUACGGCCAUUGUCUGGAAUAUGAAUGAGCAGGUUCGUUGCAUGCGUUUCGAAGCUCACUCGGAUGUCAUUAACGAUAUUAGCUGGUCCCCGGACGGCCGAAUUGUGGCUUCCGCUUCCAAGGACCGAACGGUUAAAAUUUGGGUCCCGUCGUUGAUGGGUAACUGUGAUGAAUUCAGGGCUCAUACAUCUAACAUCAGAUCGGUAGAUUUUGAUUCCAAGGGGAAAAAGUUGAUCACCGCGUCUGACGACAAAUCAGUCAAACUGUGGCGGGUAUCGCGAAAGCACUUCGUGUCAUCGUUUACCGGACACACUAAUUGGGUACGAUGCGCUAGGUUUUCACCAGAUGAUAAGCUUAUCGCCUCCUGUGGCGAUGAUAAAGCACUGAAGCUUUUUGAUCCGGUUUCUGGACAGUGUGUGCACAGUUUUAUUGACCAAAAGGGAGCUGGUAAUAAAAUAUCCUGGCAUCCGGAUGGAUCGCUGGUAGCAAUCGGAAUGGAUAAUGCACGAGUUAAAAUUUUCGACAUUAAGAUUCGCAAACUGAUUCAGUACUAUCGACUUUUCGAAGGUUCCGUAAACUCUUUGGACUUCCAUCCGUCCGGAAACUAUUUGAUAACUGGCAGUGAUGAUGGAGUUGUUAAAAUAAUUGACUUGCUGGAAGGGCGUCAUAUUUAUACGCUAACAGGUCAUACUGGACCGGUUACUGCCGUGCAGUUUUCUAGGGAUGGACAGCUGUUUGCUACAGGGAGCGAGGAUAGACAUAUUAUGCUCUGGAAGGCUAAUUUCAAUGGUGAAACAUCUGAAAAUUCACUUUACAGCUCAGAAAGCAGUGAUAUUCAACGGGAGUCUCAAUCUAACGUCAGUAAGUCUAUUCCACUGUACAAAAAGCUGAGCUAUGAAGAGUACCAAGGUAUUGAUGAUGAUACUGAAUUUGAAUUUUGUAACAACAAAGAGAACCUGCCAGAUACCAGCAUUCUAGUGGACGCUCGAAAGACUGAGAAUUUUCAUCUUACAGAUGCUAUUGAGGUUCGCGAUUGAUAAUUUUUAUUCAUUCUUUACCAAAUUUUGAACUAGCUCUAAGCAAACUAUUAUUUUGAACAAAACUAAUGAGUUUUAUGUACGUGUAAAG